UUGCGUGCUUAACACGGCACAGCUGCUGGAGUUGAAGAAACCAAAAAUUUUGCUCCUUGUGUUCCGUUGAACCAUAAAAUAAAGGCUAUUGGAACCUCCGUCUUCUGUGGAAGACCUCCUUCCUCUCCUCGACUUUCUGUAAGAAUACUGAAAUAACAGCCGAAAAUGCAAAGAGCUUCGUAAGGAGAGACACACUCAGAAAGAUUGAAGAAAAGAUUCAAAAUUUGUGGAAAGAACAUGAUGUUUAUAGGGCCAAAUCUCGUGAAAAGCCUCCUGAGCCAGGGGAGAAGUUCUUUGGGAACUCUCCGUUUCCUUACAUGAAUGGUUUUUUGCAUCUUGGACAUGCAUUCUCACUCUCAAAGCUAGAGUUUUCUGCACGUUAUCAUAGAUUAAGAGGUGCCAAUGUCCUUUUGCCCUUUGGUUUCCAGGAAACUGGAAUGCCCAUUAAAGCCUCAGCCGACAAAAUCGCACAAGAGAUCCAACAGUUUGGACAUCCACCAGUCUUUCCUAGCAACAAAGAGGAGCAAGGGAACCAUCAGGAAGCUGAAGAUGCAAAUUCAGGUGCACCUACAGAUAAUAAGUUCAAGGGAAAGAAGUCCAAGGCUACAUCAAAGUCAAGCGGACAAGCAUACCAGUAGGAAAUCAUGCGCAGUCUCGGCCUCUCUGACAGUGAGAUAACCAAAUUCUGCGAAGCAUCUGAGGGGUUGAACUUCUUCCCUCCAAUGGCAAUGGAAGACCUCAAGGAUUUUGGCUUGGGAUGUGACUGGAGCCGAUCCUUUAUUACUACAGACAGGAACCCAUAUUUUGAUAAGUUUGUGGGGUGGCAGAUGAGGAAAUUGAAAGACAUGGAUAAGGUUGUGAAAGCGAAACGUUAUGCGAUCUAAUCCUCCAGAGUGUCAAUAAGUAUUUGAAAGACUGGAUUGAUAUAAUGAGGAAGAAGCUUGAAAAGUACAAGUCAAAUUUAGAUAAAGUUGAUAAGAAUGGUGCUCCAGUUACAUCUUUGGUACAAGGCAAGAAGCUAAUAGGCCUGAUAUAUGUGACGGAGCAAUUUGAUGAGUGGAAAACAGAGUGCUUGAGGAUACUCCAGAAUAACUUCAAUAUAGAGACUCGUACUUUUGCUCCGGACAGGGUGAUAUUGGAGGCAUUGCAGAGUAGUUCUCUAGGACAGGCCAAGGGUUUAAGACAAAUCCAGAAUCUUUGCAUGCCUUUCGUGAAGUUGAAGAAGAAGGAUGCAGUUCAACUUGGAGCUCAGGCCUUAGAUUUGAAGUUACCAUUUGGAGAGGUUCAGGUACUUGAAGAGAACAUAGACUUGAUUAAGAAACAACUCGUGCUUGAAGGGGUACAAGUUUUGUCUGCUACCAAUCCUGAUGAUCGUGCAAAAGUUGGUCCUCAUGUUAAACAGAUAGAGCAGAAUCCUCCAUUCCCUGGAAGCCCAACUACGAUCUUCUUGACCCGAUAAUUGUAAUCCUUUUGGCACAUAUCUGGAACUUUUAUCAGAUUAUUUUACUUACUUAGCAUCUUAAGUUAAUUGGAUCUUAUUUGAAGAAUUCGUCAUUCAGUUUUCUUACUCU